AUGGCGCGCUCCUCGCGUGGCGGCGGCAGUGGCAGCAGGCGCAGCAGGACGUACUGGAUGUGCAGCUGCGGUGGAUUGAACUGGGACUGGCGCACCACGUGCCUCGGCUGUGGGCACGCUGCGCCGCCCUGGGCGCUGGAGUCGGCAGCCGCCAAGGCGAAGCCCCAGGCUGACAAGGACGGCUGGGUGGAUCCGCCCGGCAGCGGCGCCACGGCGAUCGAGAGGCUGCAGGCGGCAGCCGAGCAGCUGGAGGCGCUGCAAGCGGAGCCGCCCGACGGGGUCGACAGCUGUUUCACCGGCGUCGUCGCCAGCCAGCUGGAGGCCAAGCGCGCCGAGCUGGUCGUGGCCCAGCGGGCAGCAGCGGAGCAGAAGGCGCCCUCCCUGCCGCUGUCGACGCAGCUCCACAAGGAGGCGAACGCCAUCAGCAAAGCUGAGAAGCGGCUCCGAGCAGCGCGCCAGGGCCUGGAGCAGAAGCAGGCGGCGCGCGACCUCGCCGAGGCCCAGCUUCAGAAGGCCCAGGGGGAGCUGGCGCUGCUAGACGCGGAAGUGGAAGAGGCCAGCCGCGCGCCCCACGUCCUCGAGGAGGCAGCCCGCGAGGAGGCCGAGGCGCAGCAGCGCCAGCGCGCUGCUGAGUGGGCAGGAGCCAGCCAGGUCCCAGGGCUCCUCGUGCAGCUGGACAAGCUACACGAGGCUUGGGGUUCCAGCAACUUCGAGGUGGCGCGGGUAGCCAUUCGCACCCAAGUGGAAGCGGCGCGUGCGCAGCUCGCUGAAGCCCCCGCGGCCCCGAGGAGAGCGCCCUGGGCUGAGUCUUGCCCCAUGGGCGAAAUCAGCAGCGAGGAUGGCGACCGCGCAGGCAGCAGCGGGCCUUGGCAGCCGCAGUGCGCCGCAGAGCGCGGCCAGGCCGAGCGGCGCGGCGACGCUCUCGGCGAGUGGCCGAAGGUCGCCCGGGCCUGCAAGCGGGAGCUGGCGGCCGAGGCUGCGGACCUGGCCCCUCUUGUUGCUCGCCCUGCUGGCCGCGCCGCUGGGGGCCGCGUCGGAGGCCAAGCAGCGACGGCGGCUCAGGACGUCCGCUGCGGGCUGGAGGUGCUCGGGAUCAACGGCAACACCUGGAGGAGGAGCCGGGAGGUGAUCGAGGCCUUUGUCAGUCGGCACGGGGCCCCGCCGCACCUGGUGAUUCUCCAGGAGACCCGCCUAGCCCCGCACCGCCUGGAGGAAGCCAGAGGGGCGGUGCGCCGCACGGGGUACACGGCCUUCCCCCACGCGUCGGCGCCCACGGACAAGGAGGGCCCUCCGGCGCAUUCAGGCGGCGUCGCGGCCUUGGUUCGCAGCGACCGGCAGGCAAAGGAGCUAGCCUGGCAGUUCACGUGCGUAGACCAGGGUGCCGAGCAUGAGUACGACUGGUUUGCGAGCUCCUUCUGUCUAGCCCAUGGGGCCCGCGAGGCCUCAGCGCUGGAUGGCUUUGGGCUAUGCCCCCACAAGCCUGCGAGGCUGCUGCUGCAAGACGCGAGACCAGAUGCCUUGGUGCAGGUGCUGGUCCGCCCAGGUCGUUCCCCUGAUGUCGACGCUGCAGCUUGCCGGCUCCGCGAAGAUGCUGCUGUCCAGGCGCGCCGCCGCGCGGGGCGCACUCGCUGGCAGGUGGAGCCCUGCCGUUGGUCCUGGGAGGUGGGCCCCCGCCCGAGUGCCCCCCAUGAAGCAGCUCGCCAGUGGAUCCAGGUAGUCGAGAGCACCUUGGUGGGGAUCCACGGCAUCGACGACGGCGACCUACACAGGUACCUGGGGCGGUCCGAGGGGCCCAAGAUUGUCCUCAAGCCCCUCAGCGCUGUGGUCAAGUGCGAGUACCGCCACCGACACUCGGCCCUCACCCACGCCAUCCGCCAGGCCCUCGACAUCGCGCUCCAGAGGCUCACUGCUGACAGGAAGCAGCGCUGGCAGCCCGCGCACGAGGCCUGGCACGCUCGGCAGGUGGAGCGCGCCCUGGCCGAUGCGGAGGCGGCCGCCGCAGCAGCCUGCGAGGAGGACGAGGUCGAGGCCCUCGAGUACGACACCAGCGAGUGGGGCGACCUCAUUGGUCAAGCUGGUGUGCAUGGGAGUCCAGAGGCCAUUGCAGUGCUCCAGCAGCGCCUCGCUGGCCCCCAGAGGCGCGACGGCGGCAAGAGCUCGGCUUCCCGGAGAGCAUGGGCCAAAGAUGCCGUGCAGAAGGGCGGCAGGCUCGCCCAGAGGUUUGCCGAGGCUGUCCCGCCCCCGCAAGUGGUGGACCCUGCCCCUGGCAGGCCCCUGGCAGGCAUGCUGGCAGCCGGGCAGCUGGAGGCCAACUGGCAAGCCUUGUGGCAGCAGGAAGGCUUCAGGUCUGGAGCUGGAGUCGGGAGCUGGGACGUCCGAGGCUGGGCGCUGCCGCCCCUCAGCCUGGAGAUGCUGCAGGCAGUGUGCAACCUCUUUUUGGACAUCGCCAAGUUCUACGAGAACCUGCGGCACGACGUCCUGUGGCAGUGUGGGAUCGAGCAUGGCUUCAACCUGAAGCUGCUGCGAGGUCUGCUCAUGCUCUACCAGAGCCCGCGGUUCAUUUGCUUCGUGGGCCUGGCCACCGAGUCGUUCUGCACGAACGGGACAGUGUUUGCGGGGUGUGCGUGCGCCACCACCGUGGCCAAGCUGCCUGUGCUUGCAGCCCUCCGUGCUGCCUCUGUGGGCGGCAGGCCGCUGGCGGUCGCUCGCAACGUCGUCGACGACGUCGCGCUGCAGGCCGUGGGCACUGAGCGGCUGGUCGCCGCGCAGCUUGGCAGCGCUGGGCUGGAGGUGGCUCGUUUCCUCCGAGGUCAGCAUCUGCCCCUCAGCGCUGCCAAGACCACCUUUCUCGCCUCGAGCCCCAGCCUCGGGCGCCAGCUCGGCGAGCACUGCAAGUCGCAGGGCUGGAGCUUUCGUAAGACUUUGCAGGCCAGGAACCUCGGCACGGACGCCGCCAUCACGAGGCGAGGAGUGCAUGAGGGCCGAGUGCGAGCCGCUGGAGCACUACGCCGAGCGCGCCGGCUGGGCUGCCUUCGAGCCGCUGGAGCAGAGGUGGACCUGAUCCACAGGGCUGGGCCAACGGCCAGCAUGGCGCGGGGCCGCGCGGUCACAGGCAUCGCGGACGGCGAGCUGCGCAGCUGGAGGCUCGCGGCGCGCCGCAGCGCAGCACUGUGCCCCCCCAUCGAUGCGGUGGCCCUGACCCUCGCGCGGAUCGGCUGGCACUUCCAGCCCGAGCGGUGCCUGGUCACGGACCUCGGCGACGAGCUCGACCUCAUGCUCCUCGGGCCUCGGGAGUUGGGCUUGGAGGCCGGCCUCGGUGCUCGGCGUGCCUCGGAUCGCCGCGAGAUGCGGCAGCUCAGCCAUGACCCCCUCAUGCAGCGGCCGUUGUACUGGGACGCCAUCGGACGGUUGCUCGGGCCAGACAGCGAGCUGAGCGCAAGGGACCAGAGCGCGCUCGGCGCCUACAUCUCCAACGCGCACUGGACGCAGGCCAUGCUCUUGGAUGCUGGCGAACGGGGACAUGCGCGUUGCAACUGCUGCGGGGCAGAGCGAGGCACCUUGUGGCACCGCUUGUUCGAAUGCCCCGUGCUGGAGCCCCAGCGGCGUGACGGGGUGUCUGCACGGCUGAAGCGGUGUGCGGAGCGGGCGCGGGCGGCGUAUCUCAGGCCAGCCGAUGAGAAGCUCAACGGCAAGCUGUACCUCGAUGGCUCGGCGCUCGAGCCGCAGUUCGGGGCCUUGCGCCGCGCGGGCUGGGCCAUUGCGCAGUGCGACGACGACGGCAACCUGGUCGCAGGAGUGCACGGCACCGUCAGGCGAGACCUCUGCCCGCAGCAGACGGCCAAGGACGGCGAGGACUUCGCUGUUUGGAUGCUCGCCAACUUUGCGGGGCCAGCGGUGGAGGAGGUCAACAUCGACGGCAGCGCCACAGUGACCUGCCUGCGGAGAGGGCGCGCGUACUCCACGGCGCCCAGCAGGGCCAACGCCCACCUGCGGAGCAGGGUCCUGGCAGCCUUCGAGCCGGGCACUUUCGAGGUGAAGAAGGUGCCAGCCCACUGUUCGAGGCAGGCAGUGCUCGACGGGCUCCUGACGGAGGCCCAGAGGCGCGGCGACGAGCACGCAGACCGCCUCGCCAAGAUGGGGGCCCAGAUGCAUGCAGUGGACAGGCAGACGGUUGGCGAGCACCACGCGCUGGCGGAGAUUGUGCGGGAGCUUGGACGCUGGAUCUGUCGGGCCGCCAACAUCUGGCAAGGCAUCGCGGUCAAGGAUUGCGAAGGGCUCCCUCCUGCUGCUGAGCGGCGCCAGGUGCGCUUUGCGGCCGCCGAGGCGUCCCAAGCGGCUGAGGAGGCCGCUGGCGCUGGGCCUCUGGCCAAGCGGCCGCGCCUGGAGAGCGCCCGCUCGACUGGCAGCAGCUCGGCCGCCCUCUCGGCCAGCGCUGUCGCCUUCAGCAUACUGGGGCACGCCUUUUCCUACGCCUGUGCUGGAGAAGGCGAGGACACCCAGGAAAUCGUGGCCUGCUCCAAGCGCGGCGCCUACAUGGUGCUGGGCGGCCGCUCAGGGGUGAAGCCUCGCUUCAAGGAGCGGUGCCCAGGCGACAAGGCUGACAAGUCAGGCAGGAACCAGCGCAGCCUGUGGCUACGGGGACUCCAUCCAGAAGGCAGACCACGAGCUGCCAGGCAGAGAGCGAAGGGAGAGGGCAUCCCUGCGUUACGGUCGCAAGGGCCAGUACCAGGGCAUGCCCAGGAACGGUACCUGGAGUGGCUCGGCAUCGCAGCGGAGCCAGCUGUCGGCGCCUCGUCCGCUGCGAGCAGUGCGGGCAGCGCUCCAGCAGCUGCCGCGGCGCCUGAGGCGGCUUCGGGGAGCCUGGGCGAGGCCCCUGCGCCUGCGCCCGCUGCAGCGGCCGCCGCCAGCCAGCCUCUGCAGCGGCCAGCUGCAACGAGAGCUGGAUUCCUCGGCGCGUUCAGGAUCACCGAGGAGGAGCUCUCCGCCGCGGCCAGCGCAGCGGUCGACGCCCUGCAGGACCGCAGGGUGCGCCGCCGUCUGGCGCGCCGUGGCGAUCCGUCCGAGAGUGAGUGA